UCUCUUAGCAAAGAGGACUAGAAAACGCAAGGCAAGUACGCGACUAAGUGGCGAUAAUGGAAUGCACAAAUUUCGGAAUUCAAUGGCGGAGUUAUCAGCGCCGCGCAUAUCAGAUCAGAGCUUCAUUCUAGGCGGGAAAAUCAAACUAAGAGUGAUGGCGAGAGCAAGAAUUGGAUGACGAAAAGGAGAUAAUUUAGACUGACGAUACAGCGUUUGAGGAAGAAGAGCAAGAAAUUGGAGGAAGAAUCAGCAUAACUGUCAAGCUUUGAGCAAAUUAUAGCUGAAGUAUCACUUUCACGCUUCUUUAGAUCAGCCUGAAUACUCAACUGCUACGAAUUUUUGCAGAAGAUUUGGAUUGGAUUUUCAUUGCUGGUGAUUUUGCUGGGUUAUUAUAAGGGGAUGCCAUCAACUGAAAAUGGGUGCAGCAAUAAGUCUCCAAUUUAUUUUAGGAACUGGAAUUUGGAUCCUCCCUAUUGAUGCUCCUUGGACGGAAGAAUUAAAGCCAGAGGAAUUAGGAAUCGAUAAGGAAUCAUUGGACCUCAUACCCAAAGACAUCCUUGAUGUACCUAAAGAAUUUCUUGAGCUCUUGUGUGAUCGCUUAUCAUUUACAGACCAACUUCAAUUUGCUAGAGUCUGCAAGUCAUGGCACUCUUUGGCCUUUGGAAGACCUGACCCUAAAGCAUAUGAGACUCCAUGGCUCAUUGGUCUCACUGAAGGCCCCACUUUCCGUGGAAGUAUAUACAACCAGGUAACAUGCCAUCAGAUACGAGCAAAAUCAUUCAAACAUUCCAAACCGCAUAUUAUUGGAUCCUUCAAGGGAUGGUUAUAUCUGCAAUAUAAAUCAAUCAAUUUAACCCAGCUUGUAAAUAUGUUCUCCAAUAUUCAUCAUGAUCUCCCUCGUUUGUCCACUAUAAAGAAUUUUACCCCUUCUGAUAUAAAGCAUGUAAGAGCUUUUGCAGUAUCAUUAUGCAAUUUUAUGGGACCCAUUAUGAUUGCAAUUGUUUCUAGUCUUGGGAACCUAGCUUUGUGCAAGAUUGGAGGCCGUAGGUGGAAAGGUCAUAAAAAAGAGGAACAAUAUAUUAACCUAACAUUUUGCAAAUCGAAAUUGUAUGCAAUGAGAAAGGAAUUCAACCGGGUUGACAUAAAUGAAACUGAUGACAAAUUGGAGCUCUCUCUUGUGGCUGUUAUAGAUUCUUCGGAAGUUAUUGAUGCCUCAUUACCAUUGCCUCCACCCUUCCAGGCCUACCUACUGGGGGAUUCUAAAGAUAAUAAUCUUGUUCUUGUGUUACAACAUCGUAAGAUGUUGGAUUCUGUUCUGAUGGCCAUUGAGUUUGAGAUAUUUAAGAUAAAAGAUGGAGAUCAAUUAGUGAAAGUGGAUACGUUGGAUGAUCAAAUUGUGUUACUGAGUGACUCGUGUUCUGAGAUUAUUGAUGUUAAAGAUUGCCUUCCUUCUACCUUUUUCCCAGGAAACCAAAUAUGUUUCACUACUGGAUUUGAUUAUGAUCUUGGUAUCUAUUCCUUCAAAUAUGAAACCACUGAAUGGUUAUUGCCAUUCAGAAAAAUGUAUUGCCUACAUUGGAUAUUUCCUAGAUUAAUUGCAUCCCAAUGUAAUUGUGAAUCACAUCCUAAAUGUUAAAUUUUGUACUCAUCAUAUAUUCAAUAAAAUCUCAAGUUUCAA